CACUAUAGAUAUAAACUAUAGACUAUAGAUUAUAGACUAUAGACUAUAUUAAUAGUAGAAGAUUAUUAUCGUGAUUACUUGCAAAUGUUUUGUUACAUUAUUUAAUAGAUCAAAAUGGUGUUAAACACUGUACAUUCUUCUGCAUUAAAAAUCAUUAAACCAUACAGAAAAUGGAUUAUAGAAAAUCCUCAAUUAUUAUCUGACAUAGAAAAUACGAUUCAAUAUUUGCCUUAUUUCACAGCUGGUCAAUUUAAUAAUUCUUCCUUUAUAUCAGAAUUAUUGUAUUCAGUUUCGAAUUUAAUAGUAUUUUUCAAUGAUUUAUUAAUGUAUAGUGAGAAAUGUAUACAUUUAAAAUUUUCUAAGUUUGAAUCGAAAAUAAAAAUUUGGCUGACUGUAGUAGAAUACACAGAAGCUCUUUUUGAGAUUUCUGCGAAAAAGUUAUGGGGACAAAUUGGAAAAUGGUUUAUAAUAACUAUCAUUCAAAUAUUUAAAACUGUAUUAAGACUUCUAUUAGUUCAUUUAUAUAAAGAACGAAUAACGAGAAGUCCUCCAAUACAGCCACUUAAUAGAGAAAAGAUUAAUGAUUCACAUAAUGAAAAAUCAAGAGAAAGUUUUAUAUUAAAACGAUCUGGUACUGUUGUUAGAAGUAUAAAAGGUAUUAAUUCUCUACGUAUACAUACAUGGGAGCCAUUAUCUUCUAAUGUUAACAAUAAUGAUAAUUUGAAUAUGUGCUCUACAUCAGAAAAAAAUUUAAUAUUAGCUGAGACUCUUUAUAUUAUUAAACCAUUAUUACAUUUGGGAUGUAUAUCUUUUACUGGAAAAAAACAUUGGUCUCCAUGGUUGUUAUCAUUUGCCAUUGAUUUAAUCAGUUUAAAAAUAAUUAAUAAUCAGAUGAAAAAUAUAUCAUUUAGUAAAGAAGAAGAAAAAGAAUUCUUCAGACGAAGACUUACUUUACUUCUUUAUAUAUUAAAAUCUCCAUUUUAUGAUAAAUAUAGUCGUAUUAGAAUAUAUGCAAUCUUAACUGCACUUUCUAAUAAAAUACCUCUGGCAAGAUUUGUAACAGAGCCAGUAAAAAAGUAUUUACCAUAUUGGCAAAGUACAUAUUUUUAUAUAUGGACGAAUUAAUUUGUGGAGUUAAUAAAUAUUUUAAAAAAUUA